AUGGAUAAAAUUCUAACAGUGGUUAACGAUAUGAAUAUUUUAAAGAACUACUGCCUAAAUAAUGGGCUUGAAUGCGUAAAUGGAUUACGGCAAGAAAAUACAAAACUUAAGGAAGAAAACAAUGCUUUGAAAGAUAGUCUUCACAUAACUAAAUACGCUUUAUCUGAUUUGAAUUAUAAAGUAAAGGAUCUUGAGAACCAAAAAGAUAGCCUUACAACUACUCUAAAAAUUUUAUAUCAAGAUUCUCAUCAGCACUAUGAGUAUUGCUCUAAACAAAAGGAUGCAAAUGUCGACCCACACAACAAUUGCUUGAAUAAAACUAAAUCCGUAAUGACUCAGAUAGACAGCGAUAUAACCCAUUCUCAAAGUGGACUGAGCGACGAACCGAUUAUUGUGCUUGAUAACGAAGGAGCGGGACUUAUAAAAUUACUAAAUCUCGCAAAACUAAAACAAACAUAG